AUGCCUGCCGACGAGCAACAAAAAAAACCAACCGGUUAUAUUGGUAACUUAACUCCUCAACAAGAGGAAACUUUGACAAAGUUUCGUAGUGAAUUAGAUCAAGAGGGUGUUUUUGACGCAAGUCGUCAUGAUGAUGCUUGUCUGCUUCGAUUUUUACGUGCUAGAAAGUUUGACCUUGUUAAAGCUAAAAAAAUGUUUGUAGAUUGUGAAAAAUGGAGGAAAGAUUUUGGGGUUGAUGAGUUGGUCAAAACUUUCGAUUACAAAGAACGAGAUGAAGUAAUGAAACAUUACCCUCGAUAUUAUCACAAGACAGACAAGGAAGGACGCCCAAUUUACAUUGAAGAAAUUGGGAGAAUGGAUGUGAAAGCCUUGUACCAAAUUACUACCCUUGAACGUCAAAUGCAAAAUUUGGUCGUCGAAUAUGAGAGACUUGCAAAUUCAAGACUUCCUGCUUGCUCUAAAAUAAGUGGAAAACACAUCGAAACUUCUUGUACCAUCCUUGAUCUUAAAGGCGUUUCCCUACGUUCUUUUGCGAGUGUAUCCAGUUUCGUUAAACAAGCAUCAAAUAUUGGUCAAAAUUAUUAUCCAGAACGCAUGGGAAAAUUCUAUAUUAUUAAUGCUCCUAUGCUUUUCUCUUCUGUAUGGGGUUUUGUAAGACCUUUAUUGGACGAAGUCACUGCUGCAAAAAUUGUCAUCUUAGGUUCUAAAUAUAAGCAAACAUUGUUGGAUAAUAUCCCUGCUGAAAAUCUACCUACUGCCUUUGGUGGUACAUUUGAAUGCCCAGGAGGCUGCCAACUUAGUGAUGCAGGUCCAUGGAAUGAGGGGAAUGUGCAUGAAAAUGGUCAUGCGCAUGAAAAUUAG